GACGGCCAAGUCAUGAGGGGUGAAGAUCCUUCCAUCUUUCAUCCUCCAGGUCUGACAGCAUCUGUUAUGCCAAGCUUCCAACAGUAGCGGAAGGAUCAGCUGCUAAGCAGUGGCAGAGGCGUGUUUCCCACCGGCACUUACAAUCAAUUGCUCCUCUCUCCGGCUGGGGACGUGCGAUGUUUUGAUGGAAAAAGGCUGUGAGUGAUGCACAGGGUUGUCGCCGUCUUGGGUUCCGGCUGCAGUUCCCCUGGUCAACACUCUGACAGGCGCUGAGCGAGCAGGAAGAGACGCCUGGAAAUUCAGGGAUGCUCAUAGCGGGUUAAUCACACACAUCCUCCACAACUGGCCCACGUCAACUUCCAUAUCGGCGCGACACCUCGCUUCCUCGGCGGACACUGAGCAGAUCUGUCUGUACGAUCUCUGGUCUCAUACACUUGUCAAGUUCAAGGACAGGACCACUUGAAAAGCCAUCAUGAAUUUCCUGAUGAAGGCAGCUUUGGGAGGAGGACCCCCUGAUGUUGGUAAAAUGUUAGGAGGAGAAGAGGAUAAAGACCCUGAUGCAGAAAAAGAGAAGGAAGAGGAGAGACAGGAAGCUCUCAGACAGGAAGAAGAAGAGAGAAAGGCCAAACACUCCAAGAUGGAAGCAGAGCGGGAAUCCAUAAGACAGGGCAUCAGAGAUAAGUAUGGCAUUAAGAAGCGUGAGGUGGCCGAAGCGGAGGCACAGGCGGCGAUGGAGCAGGAGACCGAAGGCAGUCUGACCCGUCCAAAGAAAGCAGUACCAUCCGGCUGCGGAGACGACGACGAGGAAGAAAGCAUCAUGGACACGAUGAUGAAGUAUCUACCGGGCCCACUGCAGGACAUGCUGAGGAAGUAAUUCCCUGAAAAAUCUCAAGCACACGCAGCUUUAGAUAUUACUUUACCGUGUGCUGACUUCGGUGAGGACAGCGCACACUAGAGCAAAACACCGACUACACAUUUUACACAUUUCGAAUCGUGAGACGCUUUAGAUAUUAGUUACAUAUCAAUCAAUCAAUCAAUCAAGCGAGAGGGGUUAAUUAUCAGAAUAUAAGCCAUAUUUUAUCUUUACAGGGAAACCUGAAUCACAUCAUCUCUUCGGCAGUUAUUUCUUAUCCAAUACGUAAACAGCAAUAUAUUUGCAUGAAUUGUUUGAGUGUCUGUUCCACUGUUUUGUAGUCAUUAAGGUUCCCCACAUCCAUUUAGCGUUCGUUAUGAGGAAAACAGUACUUGAUUAAAGACAUUCUGGUCUUGCAUGUGUCUAUAGUGUUUGUGUGCUCACUGACAUCUUGUUUUUGUCGCUGCAAAAAUUGCAAUCAGAUAAAGGAGGCAAUAACAUUCUCCCACACUGUAAACUACGUGACAUCUACGUUUGUACGUGAAGCCAUUUAGUUCAUUCUGGCAAAUCUUGUCACAUUUCCACUGUAGCUUCAUCAGUCUGGAAUAUUUAAUGCCUCGGUUCACUUUAACUGUGUUGUCAAGAUUGUGUUCUCCCAUUGUUCUUGUGCUUACCACAGAUUCUGAAUUUACCAAGAUUUCACAGGGAUGCUCUGUGUUUCAAAUGGACGGUAAUUUCUCUGGGCUAGAGGUGGGGGGAAAUUCCGUCUGUGAUCUACAACAUUCUCAGCAAUAAUAAUGUAUUCUGUUUGCUUGGCUUGCAGUGAAACAAGAAAUAAAAUCGUAAGAGUGUAUGAAUGGCUCUGAUGAUUAAAAAAAGAAAAGAAAACAGUGAUGUCUGUCUUAAGAUCUGAUGAUUAUAGCACUGCACUGUAAUAAACCAGUCAUACAUA